AUUCUUACCUUUGAUUGCUGGUUCAUCUCCAUCUGGCUUCAUUUUCGAGUCUGCCUGGGCAAAUUUUGUCAUGAAUCUUCUUACCUUUGUUUUGGGUAGCCAUGUGGUUGGGUCGUGGUGGUAUCUCUUCGGCCUACAGAGGGUGAACCAAUGCUUUCGAGACGCGUGUAAUGAUAGCUCUAUCAAAAAGUGUAUGGAUUUUCUCGAUUGUGGGCACGGGGACAGUCAAGAGAGGUUCGGACGGGACUUGACAUGGGAAUUGUGGAAAAACAAUCCAAAUGCGACGGCUUGUUUUAGUCGAGACGGUUUCGAUUAUGGAAUAUAUCAAAGUGCAGUCAAUCUUACCACACACAGAAGUAUAGUUACACGAUACAUCUACUCGUUUACCUUAGCUGGAAAUCAAGUUCCGAGCUAUUUUGUGGGGGAAGUUCUUUUUACCAUGGUCAUCAUAGGCACGGGUCUCUUGCUUUUUGCUCUGUUGAUUGGGAAUAUGCAAAAUUUUCUCCAAGCUCUUGGGCGCAGGAAGUUUGAAAUGUCUAUGAGACGACGUGAUGUCGAGCAGUGGAUGAGCCAUCGUCGAUUGCCUGAAGCUCUUAGAAAGCAAGUUCGAGACUCGGAACGCUUUAAUUGGGCAGCCACUAGAGGAGUAAACGAAGAUAUGCUAAUGGAAAAUUUACCAGAAGACCUUCAAAGAGAAAUACGACGCCAUCUUUUUAAAUUCCUCAAGAAAGUCCGUAUUUUCCAACUCCUGGAUGAACCUAUUAUCGAUGCUAUGUGUGAGAGGCUACGAACGAAAACAUAUAUCAAAGGCAGUAAAAUCUUAUGUCGAGGUGGUCUAGUGGAUAAAAUGGUGUUUAUAAUCCGAGGAAAAAUGGAGAGCAUAGGCGAAGAUUUGAUCGUGGUCCCUUUAUCCGAAGGGGAUGUUUGUGGUGAAGAACUUCUGACUUGGUGCCUUGAACAUUCUUCUGUAAAUAAAGCACGGAAACUGCGGACUGGUUCAGAACCG